CAGUUCUCUUCUUCUUUUCGGCAACGAUUUCGCAUAGCGUGCAACAAAAAGCAAAUUAAAUAAAUAAAUAAAAUGGUUGGAACAACUUUAAGCGCCGAGGCGAAAAAACAGCUGAUUACACGCAACCUGCAGGAAACCCUGGGCGAGGAUAAAUUGAAUAAAGUACUGCAGGAGCGCGAUCUGAAAAUCUACUGGGGCACAGCCACAACGGGCAAGCCACAUGUCGCCUACUUUGUGCCCAUGUCCAAGAUAGCCGACUUCUUGAAGGCCGGCUGCGAGGUAACGAUUCUGUUUGCCGAUCUGCACGCCUACUUGGACAACAUGAAGGCGCCCUGGCCGCUGCUGGAGCUGCGCACCAAGUACUAUGAGCAGGUGAUCAAAGCGAUGCUCAGCUCGAUUGGCGUGCCGCUGGACAAGCUGAAGUUCGUCAAGGGCAGCGACUAUCAGCUGUCCAGGGAGUACACGCUGGACGUGUACAAGCUCAGCUCGCUGGUCACCAUACACGAUGCGAAAAAAGCCGGCGCCGAGGUCGUAAAACAGGUGGAACAUCCGCUACUCUCCUGCCUACUGUAUCCAGGCCUGCAGGGCUUGGAUGAAGAGUACUUAAAGGUGGACGCACAGUUUGGUGGCGUUGAUCAGCGCAAGAUUUUCACCUUCUCCGAGAAGUAUUUGCCGCAGCUGGGCUACGAGAAGCGCAUACAUUUCAUGAAUCCCAUGGUACCUGGCCUGGCUGGCGGCAAGAUGUCCUCAUCGGAGGAGGACUCCAAAAUUGAUCUGCUCGACUCGCCCGCCAAUGUCAAGAAGAAGCUGAAGAAGGCCUUCUGCGAGCCCGGCAACAUUGCCGACAACGGUUUGCUCUCCUUCGUUAAGCAUGUGCUCUUCUCGCUCUUCAAAGAGGGCGAGGGCUUUGAGAUCUAUCGUGCUGCUGAUAACGGUGGCGAUGUUACCUUCUACCAGUACGCAGAGCUGGAACAAUACUAUGCCGAGAACAAGCUGCAUCCGGGCGAUCUGAAGGCCUCGGUGGAGAAAUACAUAAAUCGUUUGCUGGAUCCCAUACGCAAGACUUUUGAGCAGCCCGAGUUGCAAAAACUAACUGCCGCCGCUUAUCCGCCACCUGCCAAGGUGAAAGCCAAUGCUGCGCCCGCUGCCGGCGCCGCUGACGAGGAUGCGCCGCAUCGUCUGGACAUACGCGUGGGCAAGGUCAUUGAGGUGGCGCGUCAUCCGGAUGCGGAUACACUUUAUGUUUUGAAAAUUGAUCUGGCGGAGGCACAGCCACGCACUAUUAUCAGCGGCCUGGUCAAAUUUGUUACUGUCGAGGAGCUGGAUCAGCGUCUGGUUGCGGUUUUAUGCAAUCUGAAGCCGAGCAAAAUGCGUGGCAUAUUGUCAGAGGGCAUGGUUCUGUGCACCUCCAACGCUGAUCACACCGUCGUUGAGCCCAUUGUGUUGCCUGCAUCAGCCACGCCCGGCAGCCGCCUUUCCUUUGAGGGCUACAGCGGCACGCCCGAUGAGCAGCUAAAUCCCAAGAAGAAGGUGUGGGAGAAACUGUCCGUCGAUUUCAAGACCAAUGCCGAAGGUGUUGCCGUUUGGAAGGACAAUUUCCUGCUGACGCCCGAGGGCGAGCAACUGACCAGCAAAUUGGCCAAUUGCGCCAUCAAGUAAACCGUCAACCAGCCUGCCUGAACCGUGUAAUACUUAUGCAAACAUAACUAAGCCGACAAUUCAAAAUUCGAAAUGCAUUUUUGUAACUUGUUUUAAUUGAGUUUUUAAAUAGAAUGCUUAAAUGAA